UUUCGACUUACGGAGAAGAUAGGAAAUUAUAUGUUUACCAGGAGACCUCCCUGGAAAGCUUCCCUUCCGAGCGGAUCAACCCCGAUUCUUCCUCAUCUACCUUUCCCUCCUGUUCCGCUUCUGCGUCCAAGUGUUUUCCCCCCGCACGAGCGCUCCUGCGCGCGCGUACGUAUACCCGUUUCCUCUCCCAUCGUCGUCUCCCUUCGUCUGCUCUGGCUUAACGCUGCUUCCGGCAUUUUCCCCUUCGACUUCUCGAUCUUGGAUUUGAGGGUCAACCGAAAUUGGUGAACACGGCGAGGAUUUGGUCCUCGGCUCGAAGGAAGUCUCGAACUUCUCGGAAUUCGGACUCGACGGUUCGCAUUUGAGAAGGUUCGAGCUGAAUUUCAACGAGGAUUGGAGGCCUAAUCAAGCUUUGAUCGUUUGUCGUGAACUGAUUGCUCCGGAGGUUCCGAGGCGGUACCGGUGGAUGUGCAGAGGGAAAGUCUCCUCUGUGAAGGCCGGAGAAUAUGCAGAGAUUUCUGGCGAUGGUGGCGGAACCGCAGGUCGGGGGGGAGUCGCUUAUGGGGACGAUCAAAAUCGCGGUGCUCCCGAUUGCGAAAGUGUUCACCAUGUGCUUCUUGGGCUUUCUGAUGGCUUCCAAAUAUGUCAACAUCUUGCCCGCGAGUGGGAGGAAAUUACUGAACGGGCUGGUCUUUUCCCUUCUGCUGCCAUGUCUGAUAUUUUCUCAACUUGGACAAUCCAUCACUUUGGAGAAAAUGAUUGAGUGGUGGUUUAUUCCAGUUAACGUUGUUCUAGGAACAAUAUCGGGAUCACUUAUUGGUUUAGUUGUGGCGUAUAUUGUCCGGCCGCCUUACCCUUUUUUCAAGUUUACUAUCAUACAAAUUGGAAUAGGGAACAUUGGGAAUGUGCCACUUGUCCUGAUUGCUGCAUUGUGUAGAGAUAAAUCCAAUCCAUUUGGAGAUUCAGAAACAUGUAGUACAGAUGGGACAGCCUAUAUUUCAUUUGGGCAGUGGGUUGGAGCAAUAAUCUUGUACACAUAUGUUUUCAAUAUGUUGGCACCCCCUCCAGAAGGAACCUUUCACAUUGAGGAAGCAAAUCUUCCCAUAAGAGACCCUCCAAAAGAUGGUGCGCAAAUCCCUAAAGAUGAUUCUCCAGAACAAGUUCCACUGCUUACACAGGAUGAUUUGCAGUCAAAUUCAAAUCCUCAGAAGAAUGGAAAGAUGAAGCAACUCCUUGUUUUCCUAUAUGAGAAAUUGAAGCUCAAGCAGAUUCUUCAGCCUCCAAUCAUUGCUUCUAUCUUGGCCAUGGCUCUUGGAGUGAUUCCAUUUUUCAAGAAAUUGAUUUUUACAUCUGAUGGUCCACUUUUCUUCUUCACUGACAGCUGCAUUAUUCUUGGGGAGGCCAUGAUUCCAUGUAUCUUGUUGGCAUUAGGAGGCAACCUCGUUGAUGGUCCUGGAAGUUCAAAACUUGGUCUACGCACUACGGCUGCAAUUAUUUUUGGACGUUUGCUUUUGGUGCCUCCAGUAGGUCUUGGUAUCGUCACGCUUGCUGAUAAACUGGGCUUCCUCCCGGCUGGUGAUAAAAUGUUUCGAUUUGUCUUAUUGCUGCAGCACUCAAUGCCAACUUCAGUCCUCUCUGGUGCGGUUGCAAACUUACGUGGUUGCGGUAGGGAGGCCGCGGCUAUCCUGUUUUGGGUUCACAUAUUCGCGAUCCUCUCUAUGGCCGGAUGGGUCACUCUGUAUCUCAAUCUACUGUUCUGAAUCUGGGGCGACCCCCUUGCCUCGGCCAGAAGCCCGUUACUUUUUCGCUUGUUCUGCAUCUCCAAAUUCAGCUGUCGCGCGAGCAGACCAACAUAGUAGGCGAGAAUUCUUUAUAUGGAAGAGAAAAGCAAGGAAGGGGGGGUGAUGAUACGGUCGAGGAAGGCUCGUGCAAGUCGUUCCCGAUCUCCGAUAUAUGUUAUAUAUCUAAUGAUCAUCAUCAUGUAUUAGUCGUCCUUUUCUUGUUUCUCUUCUUUCCAUUUACUAAUUAUUGCUAUAUCAGGAAGUAAAAAGGGCUGUUAACAGCUCUUGAGUUAAGAAGUUGGCCCGGUUCUUCGGAUGAUAUCUCCAUUUAUUCGUUUCAAAAA